UGGGCGCAGCGGGACCUGGUGGGCGCCUGAGCCCCUAGCCCUGCACGCGGUGGGGAUGAGCGCGCAGUCGGCUCUGCCGGCCAGCCUCUCCGCUCCGAGUCGGCACCGGGAGAAAGUAGCGGUCAGGGAUGGAGCUGCUGCCAUGACAACCCCGGCGGUCUGGGCCCGCGCGCGUCCGGGCUGCUCCCGGGAGGAAGGAGGCGCAGAGACCGGGGGCGGCCGCUGAGCGUGGCGUCCGCGCGUCCCCGCGUCCCGUGCCGCGUCCCCGGAGGAGGCGGGGGCGCCGUCCGCCCAGCUCCCCGUGCGCCCAGAGCCUGCGCCGGGCGGCGCUCCGCUGGCUGGCGAGCGCGGGCCAGGCUGGCCGCGAGUUGCCGACCGGGCUGCGGCGAGGACACCCACGGACGGGAGGAUCUUGGUCUGCGCCGGCUGCGUGUCCCCGCUUGGAACUUUUUAUCGCCUUUGGGUUCCAGAUGCGAGACUUGGGGCUGGUUUAUAAAUAUAUCUAUACAUAUGUGUGAUCUAAUAAAACAUUUUCUCCUCUCCUUGAAGCAGGAGCUUUUUAUGACAUCUCCUUUAUGUCAGAGACACUUGCCUUCUUCUUUGGGUUAUAAACUUUUGAUGCCAGACCUCUGCAGAACGUGCCCAACUGAAUCUUAAAGUAGCAUCUUGAAGAGAGAGGCAGAAAAAGCGCAAUCUGUGACCUUCAUCCUUGCACCUUCCUUCUUUUCUCUCCCUUCCCAGCUGUCUCCCCCCUCCCCAGGGGAGCGUCGAGAAAGCUCUUUUUGGAUGCAGGAGGGGGCAUCUGGUUCUGCUAGGCUGGAAAGCUGAGGCAGGAAUUGAGGAAGAAUUAUUAGACUCCGGAGAGCCUGGACUCUUUGCUUCUCCUUCUUCCCCCUUUCUGCUCCUGGUGUGCUCUCUUUUCCUUUCUCCCCACACCACUUCCUGAAACCGGCUGGUGUGCGGGGCGGGGGACAAGGACUGUGCUGCUGCCGAGUUCUGGGAAGUUGUGGCUGUCGAGGAUGGGGGUCUGUGGGUACCUGUUCCUGCCAUGGAAGUGCCUCGUGGUCGUGUCUCUCAGGCUGCUGUUCCUUGUACCCACAGGAGUGCCCGUGCGCAGCGGAGAUGCCACCUUCCCCAAAGCUAUGGACAACGUGACGGUCCGGCAAGGGGAGAGCGCCACCCUCAGGUGUACCAUAGAUGAUCGGGUCACUCGGGUGGCCUGGCUAAACCGCAGCACAAUCCUCUAUGCUGGCAAUGACAAGUGGUCCAUAGACCCUCGUGUGAUCAUCCUAGUCAACACACCGACCCAGUAUAGCAUCAUGAUCCAAAACGUGGAUGUGUAUGAUGAAGGCCCAUACACCUGCUCUGUUCAGACAGACAAUCAUCCCAAAACUUCCAGGGUCCACCUCAUAGUGCAAGUUCCUCCCCAGAUCAUGAACAUAUCCUCAGACAUCACCGUGAAUGAGGGAAGCAGUGUGACCCUGCUUUGUCUUGCUAUUGGCAGACCAGAGCCAACUGUGACAUGGAGACACCUGUCAGUCAAGGAAGGCCAGGGCUUUGUGAGUGAGGACGAGUACCUGGAGAUCUCUGACAUCAAGCGUGACCAGUCUGGGGAUUAUGAAUGCAGCGCCUUGAAUGAUGUCGCCGCACCUGACGUGCGGAAAGUAAAAAUCACUGUAAACUAUCCUCCCUAUAUCUCAAAAGCCAAGAAUACUGGUGUUUCAGUUGGUCAGAAGGGCAUCUUGAGCUGUGAAGCCUCUGCAGUCCCGAUGGCUGAAUUCCAGUGGUUCAAGGAAGACACCAGAUUAGCCACGGGCCUGGACGGAGUGAGGAUUGAGAACAAAGGUCGCAUAUCCACUCUGACUUUCUUCAAUGUCUCAGAGAAGGAUUAUGGGAACUAUACUUGUGUGGCCACAAACAAACUUGGGAAUACCAAUGCCAGCAUCACAUUGUAUGUUCAUCACCAUAUAAUUCUCUAAUCAUAAUCAUAUCAUAUCGUGUCUAUUCCACUUUAUCUCUCCUCUACCAUCAACAGACAUUGGUAUCUUCAAAAUUUCCUAUCAACUUCUCAUGUGAAAGUCAAUGAUCUCACAGGUUAACGACAUAGAAAAGCAAUACCCUGUGUCAUGGACUCUGGAAUGUGGAAACCCAUCCACCCAAAUUAAACCCUGUUAACAGAUGGACCAAAGUAGCAAUGCAAAGAUCAGUCAAUCACCAAUCCCAGGAGAGUCUGUAUUUCCUAAACCAUCAUCUUGGGAAGCAGAUCAGCCCUGGACAAACCUUGAUUAGCACUGCAUUUCCUCUUUUAUGCUCAAAGGAUUGAAGUACCAUCUUUUAUGCUUCUCUCAGCCUUUCAAGAAAGUGCAUGUCAGGAAACUAUAAGACCUUCUUCAAGGCAAAUUUUCCUUAGGAACAAGAACAUGAAGGAAAACACACAUCUGUGUCUACAAUGUAAAUCAGCAGUCCACUCACCAAAGUGGACUGCUGCUAAGUGUCUCCUUUCUGUCCCAGUUCUGGUUUGAUCUGUUUGAAAACUAUCCAGUAAAAAAGCUGAUGGAGGCCAAUUACAUGGUGGGUGUGUUGACAACUCUGGUAUUUGUUUCAGGAAGCUCUUCUGAGCUGAGGGCACUUGAGCAACUGACUUAAUUUCCAAGCACUUGAUUAACACAACACUGCAAACAGAAGGGGGAAAAUGUAAGUGACAGUUUCUUUGGAUAGAGGCUGCUUUCACUAAUGGCUUUGGGAAGAUUGUCUCCAGCUUCCUGUGUUCAAAGCAGACCUAGCAUACAAAGAAGAGUGGACCAGAUCUUUCUGCACUCUCCUGGGACAAGAAGGACUCAGCCAACAAAGGAGACUGCCAUUCAAAAGAACAGCAUUGAAUACCACAUGAGGGGAUGAGAAAGAGGGGAUGCUUUUCUAUGCAUCAACAAUGACUUUCUUACAGACCUGUCCUGGUUCGGAAACCUUUUUCAGGCCUACAUUCUAGAAAAUAAAAAAUAUGAACUCCAUAGAGUUCCAUUCCCUUAAUGCUUAAAUGAUCUCUUCCUCCAAUGUAAGUGCCCCCUUUGUGUUUUUCCACUAUGGCAACAUGAACAUGACACUCAGAGUGGGGAAAUAUAUGUACAAUUGAGGAUUGCCUUGGCAUAUGAAAAGCUAGGCAUUGUCAUAUGCAGUAGAGCUAAUGGGAACAAAAUUAAUAUUACACUUGCCAGUUGUCAACAGACAUCUUUAUUUCCUAGUGAGCUACUGGAAACCAGGUUCUGGGAACAUAAAUGAUGUGCCAAAAAGAGUCUAUUGAUUCCAACUUCCAGAGACAAUCAUGAGCUGGCACAAAUUCAGAAUUAAGGUCAGGCUUGAACAUUUCAGAUCUGUCCCCGCACUCAGCAUCUUGAAUUGGGUUGGUGUCAGACGUUGUAUGAGAAAUAAAUGUGUCAUUUGAGUGUUCUGCUGAUACUAAAUUUGUUACUUUGGAGUAAAAUAAAUGUGAAGGCUUUGGGGAGUGGAUGGUAUUGGAGAACAUGGUGCUUGGAAUGGACAAGCUGUACCUGAUCCUCACUCCACAGAUUGUUAUUAUGCAAGGGGUUCAUCUAUGGCCAAGUAGAUCAUUAGAUGCUUUCAAAACCAACGACGCUGGUCUUAACGUCACCAUGGAACUCUGCUCUGUCACGUUCCACUGGAUACUAGGAAACACCUCUGAUGGUUGCCUUUUCCAGCCAUGUUUCAGAGCAAAAAAUGAUGCUAAGUUCAAUUAUCUUCUAAGAGACAGAAAACCAAGAACAUAAUACCCAAGGCAACCAGGGCACUGGAAGUGAAAUGACUUUUCAUUACAAUGGACUUACUCCAGCUUCUGUAUUAUUUGAAUCACUUUGGUGGGAAUGGCUCCAUGUGAUGGGAGCUGUCGCCCAACAUCUUGAAGCAUAUGGUAAUUGUUUACUAAAGAUGACAUCCACAUUUACACUUGCUUUUCCAACUUUACAUACGGAGGGUGGAUGGAUAAGGCCUGCUGGACAGAUUUGUUCAGAGUGCCGAUGAUGGGGGUAGGAAGGGGAUAAGGGCAGGGAAAAGAAAUAUGUCUCUGGGCAAUAUAUCACGUAUGGGUUUAAUACAUACAAAGGAAACCAAGUGAGGCUUAUCAGAUUAGGUGAGCAGAAUUCAGCAACAGCACUUAUUGGAUACCCUUCCCUUUCCCCAAAGUUAAUAUGUACUACCACCAAAGUAAUGCCAAUGAAAGUGCUAGUGUUAAGACUCCAGCCAAGCUGGUUUUUCAGUAGUUUAAUGUCAAGUGCCUGAUAUAGUCAUCUGCAAGUCUAAACAAGUGUGUUUAGGUUUACUUAUUCUUGUUUUAUUGGGGAGGGUGGAGAUGUAGGGAGCAGUUGUCAAAACAUGCACAUAUUUUUUAUAGAGAGUACAGUGCACAGUUUUUCAGCUGCAACUGUGCUCAAACUGAACAAAAGAAGAGGGAAGGCUUGGUGUUGCAAAGACAAAUGGGUCCCUUCCCUCUGAAGUUCAUGGUUCUUACUGGAGGAUACUUUCACAGGUUGGGUUGUUAGUAGGGAAGUAUACUCUGGAAAUGUUGGAGCUCCACAACUGAAGUAAAUUUAAGGGUCUGAUUCUGCAUUAAUCCAGUCAACUCUCCCUCAACAAGGAGGAGGUAGCAAGUUCUAUUUACAAUGAAGAACUAUUACAUCAAAAGAGCAGAGAAUUCCAAAGUGGGCAGUUGAUCCCAGGGAGAGCUUAUCACUUACACGGCAUCACAAGUGGCUGGAAAUUGAAUUAAGUUUUCGUCAAUGCUUUCAAUGCCAAUGGGCAGAUUUUCUCUGUAGUUGUGAUAUGGCUGCCACCAUCGCCAUCAUAGAAGGAGGGAAGGAGAGGGUCAAAUGAGGGACAGCUGGUAAAGGGGUUCUUUCUUUUAACUCUGAGUUCUCAAUGAGAAAGGAAAAUUGACUUUGCAAUACCAGAACCAGUGCUCCCCCCACACGCACCCACCACACACAAAGUUAAGUCCCUUUGGAAUUAGGGGAAGUGACAUAGAUUUUUUUCUUUUGUGUAAAAUGCAUUUUUGUUUAAAUUCUUUUUUUUUUUUUUUUUUUUUUUUUGGUGCUGGGGAUCGAACCCAUGGCCUUGUGCUUACAAGGCAAGCACUGUACCGACUGAGCUAUCUCCCCAGCCCCUUUUUAAAAAUUCUUUAAUGACAAGAAUCUCUUGUAUUUAUUUUGCACAAGCCCUAUUCCUGGAAACUCUCAUACCCAUUUGCUUCCCCUCCUACCAAGGCUUCUCUGUCUCUUUCUUUUAAGACAAAUAAGUUUGAACAGUUGCAGUAAAACUUCACAGGUGUGUAACUAGGUAGGCAACAUUUUAAAAGAGAUACCAUAUGAUGAGGACUCCUAAUGAUCACUAAAAGCAAACAAAUAAAAAUGCCAGUCUCAUUUCCCUCAUUUCUUACUUAAGAGAAGAGAAGUAAAUGAAAGGAAGAAGAAACAGAUUUGCAAUUAAAAGAUGUGGCAAAACGAUAUAGCUGAACCAGUGCAAUUUAGACUUCAGGUGCAAAAUACUUCGAGUCCAAAGGAAUGUAGAGUGGACUUAAUUAGAUGCAAUUGUCUUCAUCCUGAAAGUUGUCAGCUAAACCUAAUUUCCAGUAUUUUCAAAGAGAUUCCUUUUUUUUUUUUUUUUUUUUUUUUCCAAUGGUGCCCUUUUAAGGCACAUAGUUAUUUCACACCAUUGGGUGAAGAAAGAUUGUGGACCCUUUACCAUCAUUGUGGGGCUAUAUUCUACGUUAUUUGGCAGAUUUAUAAGGAUAUCAAUAAUCACAAUGAUAAGUAAUAAUAGCUGCCCUUGCAUUAGCUAAAGGGAGCAUUUUUAAUCAUUCAGAAAAUUUUGUGACAUGUAAAGUGCAGUUGUGAGGAAUGUGUGGGUGUACGAAAAUGUAUCUGUCAAGUUCCGAGUCCUCUAGGUUUUAAAAAAAUAUAUAUGACUUAACAAUGGUGCCGUUAUAGCCGUGUCCAACAAUGGGUGUGCCCAUUUUCACAAUGAUCCUUAAAAUGAAUCUAUGUUCAAAUGCUUUAAAAAUUUAUCACAUGAUAAAAGAGUAUAACUUUGUCAGCCUUCUAGAGUUCUUUUUCCUUUUAUUUUCUUUCUUAUAUAUUUUUCCUUCAAAAUUCAAUGAAGACUUGAUUUCUGUCAAUAAUUGUAUUAAGGGUGAAUAUACUACCUGAAUUUUGUGCAUGUUACAUUGUAGUUGUAACCUUUUCUAAUUCAGGAUGAAUAUGAGAUGGUUGUGAUUGUGCAGUGUAUCAAUAAAGUUUGAAGAACUUUGUAACUUUUAGGGGGCUGUUUAUUAGGAUAUCCUUUGAGUUCCAGGAAUGAAAGCAAGCGAAGAAGAUUGUUUCUCUUAUGUGUGUGUUUUACACAUUGAGGAGCUAAUGCAAUCAGAAAAUUGAGUAGAGCCUCUCUCUUUCUCCUUCCCUCCCCACCAUCCUCCCCUUGUCUCUUCCUCCCUCUCUUUCCUAUUCCCUCUCUCCUAUUCACACACACACAACACACACACACAAAGACACAGAGGGCAGAGAGCAGUCUAAGAACUUUCUUCCUGUAUUAUGCUGUUUACAAAUAAUAUGAAAUGGAGUUGAAGCCUUAUUAUUAUAGUUGAAGUCUAAAUUAUUUAUUUUGUAGAAUAAAAUGAAAUCAGAACACACAUUUCUGAAAAUAGUGACCAGAUUCUGCCCACUUUGAGCAUUGCACUCCUUAACAACCCCUGCUGCUUGGUUCCACUAAACUAAUACUGCUUUGACGAGGAUGAAUAUGAGAAAAUACAUGAUGAUGUACAUUCAUUCUUGAAAGUGUGUGGGGGGGGGUGUAAUUUUUAUUAUUUUAGGCUUUGCUGGAAUAUAUAUCCAUGAAGUAGCAUGAGAAAGAGCCCUGAAGAAGAUGCUCCACUCACCUGGUUGCCAUUUCUAAAGUAUCAUUCUCUUCCAAGAUAAUUCCAACUCCUCUUCGCUUGUCACACAUUCAUCUGCUAUUCUGAAGGAAUGGAUAUUAACCUAUUUCUUACAACUCAGUUUCUCUUCAAUAAUUUGAAGCUCCAUGAAGCCCUCCUAGCUCUGCCAUUAACUAAGAAUGUGAUCUUCCAUGGACAUUUGAUCUUAGCUUUUGCUUCCUCAU